AUGGCACUGUCUUCUCUCAAGCUGUGGCGUCUACUGUUGCUGGCCUGCUGUACUCUCCUUCCUGAUAUGGCUCUUGGGAACUUCGUGAAUUUCCUGGGUGGUGAUAAUAAAUGUGAAGGCCAAGUACACUUGCAAUAUCAUGGGCAGUGGAGCCUUAUGUGUGGGGAUGGCCUGGGCGAGCUGGAGGCUUCAGUGAUCUGCAGAGAGCUCGGCUGCGGCUCUGUGAAGACUAUGCUCCGGUACGUUUUGACACCUGAAGAAAUGAAGCAACCUUGGCUGUAUGAUGCCCAGUGCCGUGGUGAGGAAACCACUUUCUCGGAGUGCCUCCUGGGGUCCUGGGGGCCCGUCAAUGGCUGCCAAUGCCAGUGUGUGGCUGUGAUUAUCUGCUCUGGUGGUACCACACGACAAAUGGGGCUGGUUGACGGCAGCAGUCCUUGUGCUGGGAUUGCACAGGUCACUGGGAUUUCCAAUUUUUCCCUGAGAUGUGACUUGCAUGAGAAGGAGGCUGGUGUUGUGUGCAGACAGAUGGAAUGUGGCACUGCUCUGCAAUGGUCCAGAGCCCACCAUGGAACCAACGGGUAUCAUGAGCAGAAGUACCUUACGUGCCAGGGAACAGAGUCUGACAUUUUACAUUGCCUGAUUGAUGUGAACUUCCUAGAGCAAUGUGACCUUCUGACCUACACCCAGAUUGUAUGCACAGGACACAUGGAGACCUGGCUGGUGGGUGGUAAGCACCCCUGUGAGGGUUCCCUGAAGGUUCAGUGAGGACUGACCUGGGGCACCAUCUGCAGGCUGAUCUGGUUUGCUCAUGGAUCGCAUGGUUUUCCAGGAGCUGAUCUGGACAUUGAUGUGGCCAUGACCAGAAUGCUUCACUAA